AUGUCAGUUUGAAAAUAAUUUUUAAGUGUGACAGUAGUGAAUUCAUAGUCAAGAGCGAAUCACCCGACGAUCUUCGAAACAACAACGAAAUACAAAGCCACCUAGCCAGUAUAUAAAUAAAAAUCUUGAGCUGAAAUCAGUGAACAGUACAAAAACUUGAUAGUAAAAAAAGUAUAUAUAAACCCGAUUCCAUACGCGAUGGCCACCGUUCAACGUAAAUUGGUUCAUAAACAAUUCAACUCCCCCAUGGGACUUUAUUCGCAGCAAAAUGUCAAGGAAACAUUGGAUCGUGAGCUGAAGGCUUUCGGCGCUGAUGGGAUUGAAGUUGACCCAGAAAUUACCAAACCAUUGAACUUGGCUAACUCAGCUGUUUUGCGGGCCGUUGAAGAAGAAGAGCAGAUGAAAAGCGAUGUUGCUUGUGAACGGAAAAGUCGCCCGCGGCAGCGCAGGCCACACCCUACAGCGUCUGAGUACUAUGAACAGUACUAUGACCAAGCCAUGCACACACCGGUGCACCAGCAGCAGUUGGAGCAAAUCAAAACGCAAUACCUGUGCCAUCAGCACGACAUCACCAUUGACCGUGAUACGGUGUUGAAGAUAAAUCGCCUUGCCACACGCAGGAAUUUGCAUAAACGCGACCACAGCUGGCCGCCACCGUGCAGCGAUUACGCUAUGGGGGCUGAAACCAUUGCUUCGAGCAGUAAGGCCAAUGCGGAAGUGGGCCGUGGAACGCAAUCACUCACACACUCACGUAGUUCUUCAAGAGAACAACAAAGCCAACAACUGCGACAUGAACAGCAACUAAAGCAACAACAACAAGCCAAAAGCGGUUGUAACAACAAUGCAUUGCACUUCGCAGAGAGCGUUUGUAAGCAGCAUGGCAUCGAUGCGAUACGUGAGAAAUUCAAUAGUCCCACGCGAAUAAUUGAACCGACUCCCACCGAGUUGCGGCAACGCAAUAAAAUGGAGCAAUUGCAGCUUCGAAAGCAAAAACUACAGAAAAAUGCGACAAAUAAAUCAGCACGUGUCACCGAUAGCUCCCCUGAGACGCGCACGAACAUCUCUACUGAUGGCGAUGUUGGCAAGGCGCAACAAACAUUGACAAAUGUGAACAAUAACACGACUAAUACAUCAUCGGUCAAUGCGGCUGUAGAUUCUUUAGAGUCCACCAUCGCGCUGAAUGUGGCAGAAACCACCAGUUGGCCUGCAGCCAUAAAAAAUGAUGAAAGGAGAGGGGAUUUAACUAAUAUUGCCACCUCUACCAGCUUCGAAGCUUCACAUGAUUACAGUACGCCGGUGACGCGAGGAUUCUCCGCACCCGAAACGAAAGCGGCCGAUGAAAAUAUUGGAUUGGUGGAGCCACGGCGCUAUUAUUUCGAACAAUUGGCGCGCCGCAUUGAAGGACCACCUAAAAAAUGGCACAGUUAUGACAAUAUUGUCGCAGCCACAUCAGACCAACAACAAAUCAUCAAGGAAAGUGUUGCAACAGCAGCCAUCAAUAAUAAUAGACAAUCACAGUCGCUAGAUCGUGGACGCGUACAACAACAGCGUAGACGAGAACAAUUGCCACCACUAAAACCUCGGUCAGCCGGCGGUGCGACCAGUGGUGGCAGUAGUCCCGCUGCGUGUAUCACACCAGUCAUCAGUACAAGCGAAUUUAAUGUAAUGGCACUAAAAAGCGACAGCAGAGAUUUUGGAGAUGGUCGCACUGGCGGGGCAAAAACAACACUACUAACGAGCCAUCCAUCAAGAUCGAGUGAAGGCAUGUCACCGCGCGUACAGCGGCGUGCCAUUAAAUUGGCAACCGAAAUAAAAAUAUGUUACGAUGACUCGGGCACUGUCCAAUCAUUCAAUUCAACUGCUGCGAACUUUGAUCAUAACGGAGGCACGGUUUCCAGUAAUAAGCGACAAAUUCAAACUGAAGCUACUAAAGCAGGAAAGCUUCAAAGGAGUAACGUUAAAAAACUGCCAGCAGAGCCAGUUUGCACACAGUCUAUAAGUGACCUGGAACACAUACCACUGCCGCUGCCACCAAAAGUAGAAAAUAUCUCAUCUACAAACGCAAAGCACAUGGCAUGUAGAAAUACCACGGGUAUCGGCUCGGAACGAUCAAUUGUGGUGCAACGAUCCCAGAAACCGUCCAGCCAAACACAAAAGCAGCAACAACAAAGACAACAUCGCCGCUGUAAUAGCGAAAGAAUCAUACCCAUCGAGCUAGAGAAGCACCCUGAACAACUUAAAGAAGUGACACGUCGCGAUCUUAGCACCAUUAGCGCGGAUCAACUUUACGAUGAUGCUUGUAUUUAUUUGCGUUCAAUUGAUUUAGAUGACCGAACUGUCGCAUACAUACCCGCCGCAAUAACAAUUGUACCCUCACCCCCUGAGGAAAUGUUGCAACAUGCGUCAGCUCAUGGGCAUCCGCAGACCUUCAAGGCAGGUAUAGUUACUACGAGAAGAAGAGAACAGCCUCCGUCAACUACCAAUCAUUCAUCGUCGCUAACUUUCGCUACCAUGCCAAAAACAAAUACUGAAAAAUCUUCUGUAGAUAGCUCUUCGAAACAGUCAAUUGCUAGUGAGGCUAUUAGUCGGAAGAGUAAUAAUAAAGUUUGUUGCAAUGAUGGCUAUAAAAUGAACGUGCCACCAACCGAACCCAAUGAAGCUCAUUGCAAAGAACCCACACAUGCCAUAUAUAACACCUCCAAUAUAAAAUUGGAUGCAGCAGAGCCAAAACACCAGCAGAAAGCGAUGGAAAAAGCCAACGAAAAUGAAGUUGCCAAAAGCAACAACCAAGUCGCUGCAGGACAACAGGGCCAGCAAAGAAUACGCCCCAAUCGGCCUCGCGGCAUUUACUACACCGAUGGUGAAUACUUGUAUGGGCCAUUUGGUGAGAUUCCUGACACUUUUGAAGCACACAUUACACGAACAGUAAAAGUAGCACCAGAAGAGCCAUCCAGAUCCGCAGCUGCCACUGGUGACAGCAAACCAAAUUGUGCUGAUGGAUAUGAGUGGCAAAUAAACAAGAAGGCAACGAAUGCACAGCUGAAGGAGCAACAACAAAAGGGAGGUUGGGGCAAUACAAUAAACAUGCAACACUCUCGGUCGCCACCUACAACAACGGUGGAGCCAACUAAUGAAGGGCCAAGUCGAAAUUCUGAACUAAUGGAAGUGUCAGGAGCAGAACUGCAGGGGAAAAAUUCUAUCGAAAUAGCAGCGCUCGAAACAAAAUAUGGACGCUUUCAGCAAUCCAUUGCCGAGCAUCUGCGUCAAAUUGACACCUACAUGGAAAAUGCAAAAGCCGCGCUAAAUCGCAGUUUACCUCAUUCACAACAAGCACACGAACAGGAAGAUGGCAAAACCGUCCCCCCACGGCCAGAGAAUUCACUGCGUCAGCCGAAUGUAUCACGGAAAUCAGCUUCACAGAAAACCAAAACUCAACUGGAACAGUCUCAGCUAUUGGACGAACAAGGCAUCGAAGCCACGCUCACACCGGAGAGUCCCCUGCAAACUAUAGCCCGUCAGUGGUUGCAACACAAACCGUUACACAUUGUUAGUGGCACUGAUGACAAUCUAUGUGAAAUGGAAGCUCUUGUGCAUCCUGCCAUGCUGGAAAAUAUGCCUGUGGUUGAACAGGCUCUGCAGGAUUUGUCCGCUAUUAAGGUAGAUGGUACAGCAGCAAAUCUGACGGCCAAGUAUAUGGGCGAUUUAGGAAGUCGAAGCGGCGACGAUGGCAGUGUAUUACAGCCACUAAUGCGUCGCCUGAUUGCGGUGCAAAGUAAACAGCCGAGCGCAGCACUCCCAGACCAAGCAGUCACUUUAAAGGAUCGUAAAGAUAUCGAAGGAUUGCUGCUGAUUGAACACCAUAUUGCACCCACUGCAAGUUUAGCAAAACGUGUGACUAUAUUGGAAAACUUGGACGAUGUCGCUGCUCCUCCUAGGCAUAAGCCAAAUAAUAUUGUCCUAAUUGAAAUGGAAGAAGGCAAUAAGGAGUGUAAUGUUAGCAACGAGAUUGGAGCAGUAAAUGACAAAAUUGAUGACAGCAGUAAUUGCAAGCGCUUAACAGAUAAGAGCAGUUUUAAUGACAUUGCUGAGCGGAAGAAAGCUCCAACAAUGAUUGGGAUGCCUGCGGACAAUAGAAACGGAAAAGUUAAUAUUACAAGCACGGAUGAUGAAGACGAAAAUCAGAAGACGACUUCAGAUAUGGGCGAUCGAUUCGGUCACAAAAUCAACUCGAAAUUAGGCGCUAAAUCAACAAGUACUUUCGAUAUAAUUUCAACAGGUGAAGUCACCAACGAACAUGUUAUUGAUGCUGUAGCCAAUUAUGAGCAACUAAUGCAGUUGCAAGAAGACAUGACGACAGCAGUGAAUCCAAGGAAGCAAACACAAACACAAAAACAAGAAUUUCAGAAGGUUUCACUCAAUGGUCCAGACCUUUGUCCUGCAAAAACAACACCCGUACCCAGGCGACGUGCAACCACAUUGUCAGGAGAAAAGCCUACAAUAUGCACAAUUGGAACACGACCAGCAUUCACAGUAUCGGCAGGCGAAAGUAAAAACGAGCAACGUGAGACCCUUACUAGCCGCUGGCAAAAUGAGUCCUUGCAACGACAGCAGUGCCAACAACAACAACCACAGUCGCCCUCAUCUGAACCACCGCAACCUCCAACUCCACCAAUACCGCCGCCACUGCCGCCACUUACCCGUGCGGGAAGCUUACCGAAAGAUUUAUGCAAAAGUGUGGUUUCUGGUUAUAUUUCCACUCAUCAAUCGCAGGAGCAGCUGGUGGGACAGGUGAUUGACAAGCUGCAGGUAGAUGUGGCGCAGCAAAGAGAUUGCGAGCAACUAAAGCAAACAGAGCAGAAUGAAUUCGUAGCUGCAAGUGCUAUCGAAACCUCAAAUCAAGAUCUUCUCAGAGACCCGUUAGUUGAGCAACGACAGCCAGCCGAAGAAUUUGCAAUGCAACAACUAAAUCAACAGCAAUCAGCAAUUCUACCAAUAACGGAGAGUAACCAAAAACCAUGCGACCAACAGAAUGCGCAAUCAACUGAAAUCACAAUCCCACGCAGUAGGAUUAACACGCACUCUGCAGAAGACACGAGAGCUGCUCACGGCAUUGUUGCAGCGGCAGCAUCACAGAUGGCUGCACAGAAGGUGGUAACAGACGAAUCCACAAUAACGAGUUUAGCUUCAGACGGACUACACAGGCGUACGAUUGCCGGGCGUCAAAGCAAAUUAACGGUGCAUAUCAAUGGAGACAAUAAAAAUUAUCUUGUGUCGGACAGCACGGAUAGUUUCGAUACGUACAAAGCCACCUAUGAAAUACCUAGCCCCUGUUUUAAGCAGCAAAUAAUCUGGAAGCAAACAGUCAAUGUGCCACAAACUAAAGACAAUAAAUUCGCCACUGCCUCGGAGCUAGGCAAACACAUGGAAGAUAACAAUAAUAUGCAUUUCGAUGCAAAAGCCGGGGAGGCAGCAACUGCAAGCAAUCAAUCACUUACGACCAGGCUCCAGUUUGUCAAACAGCAAUCAAGGACUCCCUCCCCAGCCGCUUUGAAAACACGUCUACAGCAAUCUUCCGCAACUCAAUGCUCACGCAGUCGGUCCAAAAGUCCAUGCCCAUCGCAAACCAGCCGCUCGCCCACGCGCAAAUAUCCCGCUGCAUUAAUUGAACCUAACGCACCGACCCGUGCCGCCUCACCAUUCGGACUGAAUCCGCUCGACAUUACCGAACUGAUUGAUGACACUGCUCAUGCGUACGAUGGUGCAGAUAGUGGCAAUAGUGUGGGGAUCUCCAAACCGACUUCGAGCGCUCAAUUAGGCGACACCAAAUUUGCCUGCACGCCUGCAACGUGUAGGCAGUUGGCCGAGUUUGUGCCACAGGUGGAAGGUCACAAUGUUGGUUUAUUGGUGCGUGCAUGUAUCGAUGCACAAUCACAGCAGCAGAGGGAAAGAAAAGUGCAGAGUAUGCCCCAAACCAUCACCGCGCAAUGCAACGAAAAGGCGCAAAUUGAAAUGGACAAUGCACUCACGCACAGCGCCGCCACGCGUUAUGUUGAUGCCGAUGCUAGUGCCAAUUAUGGUGACGACGACGGUGAUGAUGUUGACUACUGCGUCGACGAGCGGCAAAAGCAUAUCGCUUAUGGUGACAAACACUCAAUAAAAGGUCCUUCGCCAGCGGUCCCUUUAACACCAUCACCAUCCUCAGCGUACUGUGCACGUGCUGGCAGGUUGCAACCAAGGAUGACCGAGAUGGUGCAUGACGCCUGCCGUAACGUAACGAUGACGACACCCCUUGAUAUACACGAACACAGAACACCAAAAAAUAUACAAACAUGCUCGAUGGCAGGCAGCAUUGUUGCUGAUUCAAACGCCACCGCGGCCGGGAUGGGAGAAUCACAUUCUCUGUCUGAGAGCCAGCGGGGACACCGCCGCGAAGCGCAGCAACAGGAAGUUGUCCUGGACAACGACAGCCGGCAGCAUAGCCUAGAUACCGUUGGUGAACCCGCAGUCGCACUGCCACGUGAGAGUGGCAUAAUUAAUCGCUCGUUCAAUAAUGUUUCACCGCGUCCCUACAUCAGCGUCGAAGGUUAUAAGCGCGUCGCUUGGCCGCCCGUAUCCGAGGAGCGCGUUGUUAGGGAAUUCACGCCCCAACCAACCUCUGCCCACUAUCCAGUGUCAGGCUCGCUACCACAACAGCCAGGACAACAGCAGCAGCCACUUCAACAGCAACAACAACAACAGCACACUGCGCCAGCCAACCAGGGUAUCAUUUAUAAUAACGUCAGCCGUGCUGUUCGCGAUAACUCAUCUCAUCCUUAUAUACAACCACAAGAAUAUCGACAGUCGGAACAACAACAACAUGAAAUACUCCAACAACCCAUACAAUAUAUCCAAGCUCAAUUUAACCGCCAACCCUCACAUGAGCCAGCUGGUCCACCAUAUGGGCAACAUUUAAACGACCAUUACGGACAGCAGAAGCCAACCCCACACUACCCUAUUGAACAGCAACAACCCGAGCAACAAUAUGAACCGAAUUCCUCAUCUGUUUGGAGACCUAUACGUCCGCCUGUGCCUAAAGCUCAAAGUGAAUUUCUAUCAAAUCCUGUAGAUGGCACGCCAUUUUAUCCUAGCCAGGGCCAUCAAGAUCCAUCUACUCCACAGUAUCGUGCGACAUCAUACGAUCAAUAUCAAGCUCCACCACAGGCACAAAAAUAUCAGCCACACCAGGGGUCACAACCUCCUUAUGCCCAGCAGCACUACUCUCAGCCGCAACAACAGCAACAACCGUCUUGGGCGCAUAAUCAACCUAUCCAACAAUAUCAACCACCUCAGGCGCCUUAUCAACAGGGACCUCCACAACCGCAGCAGCAACAAUAUCAGGCAGCUCCGCCAUCUAAUUAUCAAUCGCAAGCAUAUCAUCAGUCUCCUCCUCAACAACAACAACCACAACAAUAUUCGACUGUACCACAAUCCAAUCAAUAUAAUUCUUAUCCACAGCCUCAACACGUUGGUCUGGAUCAACCCGAUCACCAAGCAACAGUGCAACAACACCAAGCACAGAAUUUGCCGCAAGUUUACCGCGGCGGAAGUCCCGGAAUUAUAACUCUGCGCAAGGAAGCGCCCGUUACGCAAAAGCCAACCCCUGUUUAUAACGCCCAACCAGCGGCCGUUAGCUUUCAAGGAGGCAGCAACAUGCGCGGAGACUUGAAGUGGCCACCGCCAGAAUAUAAAGAAGCCGCAAUACGUGAAAAUGAAGAACGACGCAAACUGGCCCAGGGACCGGUUUGCCGUCCACGGAAAGUCAAUCGCGAUUACACAACAUUCUUCGCCAAAAACGCGCUGAAUAGCUAUUACCCCAGCUACAAGAUACCACCAGGUACACAACACAUGUUGGCCUAAAAGGUAUGAUCACUAAAACCAGAUUGCUGGACCCUGGAUACAAGUAAAUGAAGCAAUUUCGCAAAAAAAAAAAUAUUACACAAAAAAUGCAAAAAAAAAUACAAUGACAUUGGAAAAUAACGAAAAAAUGUAACUAAUUGUACAUUAUAACGACAUGAAACUUCAACUAAUCACGAACUAACCAAACGGAGCAUUGAAAAGCAAAAAAAAAUAUACUACAUCAAAUUUACACUAACGAAUUUUGUUCUCAAAUCUGUGCAUGGAUAAUCGAGAUGAGUAGGGAUAGAGUAGACCUUUAGACAAAACGAAAUGCUUGGAAGUGUGUGAGUCUACGAGUUUGACGGCUGUUCGUUUGUGCUCAACGAAGCGGGGGUACGUUAAAAACUGCAAAAUGAUACACGGUACUCUACAGCUAUAACAACUACGCGUGCCACUGGUCUUUGAACACGAACGUGAUAGCGAGAACCGAGCGGCCAAUGCAUUAAAAACUCUAUGUACUUACAUACACAUAAGCAAAUGAACGUUUCUGUGUAUGUAACAAUUUUUUGUUAAAGUAGUUUUAUUUCAUUUUAAUCUUCAAUCGAAUUAAUUCACUGGAACCAUUCAUCCGCACAUGUGUGGAAUGGGGCAAGAGAGAAUUGAUUUAUAUGAAAAAUUUAAUUUUUAGUUGUAAGUGAAAAACGACGCCCACACGAUGUAAAUUAGUUUUGUAUACAUAAAUACUUGGAAACCGUCGUAAGAUGAACUCCAUCUUAGCACGUUGGCGAAGAACUACAAAAGUGUUACACGAAAUCCCGACGCUGAAAUGAGUUUUCAAACUAAAUCAUAUGAAAAUACCAAACUGAAAACUACAAUCAAGCAAUCUAAAAAAAUUCUGAUGCAAACUACGGCAUAUUGAUGAUGGUUAUACGAUUUUGACAAAACGGAAACAUUUUAACUUUAAUUUAAACAAAUUCUUCUUCGAAAGCAAAGAAGUUUUAAUUUAUAUUAUUUGAUAAUAUGUUAAUUAAUUUAGUUGCAUAAACUUGCAACAUAUUUUUAAUUUUGUUUCAUUUAAAAUUGUUAUUGCAUGAAAAAUACAAAAAAAAAAAAUUAUUUAAACAAUAAUUAAUAUAUUAUUGAAAUAUAUAUUAAAUAUUAGUUUUCUCCAUUUAUUAUUAAGUAAAAGAGCAUACAUAGCGUAUAUAUAUAUAUAUAGAAGCAGUCACACCAACAGCAAACUGUUGCAGACCCUAGUUGUAAGAGUAACCAAAUACAAAAUGAAAUUAUUUUAGUAUGUACAUAUAUAUAAAUAUAUAUCCGUACAAAAAUGUAAAAAUAGGAGCAGUGGAUGUUCAUACACCAAAAACAACGUUGUAUGAUCCGAAAACACUAAGAUAUACUGAAACUUGUGAAAGAUACGUAACAAAUGCAUAUGUGCAUCUAUCAAUAAAUAUUAAGAAUAAUUCAUGAAAUCACUUUACCGCAGUGGACACACUUUGUGCCAUUAGCCUGGUUAAUCGAGGCAAGUGGGCGUUCGCCCCUCAGGCUAUAACUAUUUAACACCGAGGAUGCCAUUAUAGUCUUUGGGUGGUGCCGGCUGGUCUCAGGUUGCCACGUGUGGUUGCACCAAUGUGAUAUUGCACUGAUCAUUUAUGAUAUUUAUCCAUUUAUGCGAAUAUAAAUACAUACAUGCAUAUAGAAUAGAAUACGAACAUAUGUAUGUACUUGUAUAUUAUUAGAACUCGAACCGACUACCGGCAAAUUCGUACUGGAUUUACGACUCGAUUAUGACAAAAAAUCAAUGAUUUGAAUGAAAAUCACACGACGUACUUACAUAAAGACGAAGUGCGCACACAUAGAGAAUGGUUUGUAUUCACCCCCAAAUCAUUCAAUAUGAAAAACUCGGAAAAUUACAAAAAAAAAUACAAAAUUAAGCCAAUAAUACAUCUGCAAACACUAUUAUCCAAAUAUAUACACACUUGAUAUCGAAUUGGCAAAAUCAGUCAUAAAUGUGUAUUUAACUAAAAAAAACUGAAAGCUCGCCUGAGAGCUGUUCUAAAUUUCAGUGUUUUGCUAAAUUGGCAUAGAUAACCCCAAAUUUUAUGUUCAUAAUAUUGUAUUAUCUGACUCGACAAUUAACAGUACAUUGUAAAAGAUGUGAUUAGUUGAUGGAUUAAGAAGGUACACAACUAUGUACAUUAGAUUAAAACUUGAUGAAAUCAAAUAAAUGUAAAUUUGUACAUCUCUCUGACCAACCGAA